AUGUCGGAGGAGAACCCCAAGGAAAGCGUGAAARCGGAGAACGGUAACAUCGACCUGAAAGUUGCCGCGCAGGACGGCUCCGUGGUGCAGUUCCGAAUAAAGCGGCACACCCCGCUGAGCARGCUGAUGAAGGCGUACUGCUGCCGACAGGGCUUUUCAAUGAGGCAGAUUAUGUUCCUGUUUGAUGGACAACCAAUUAAAGAAGCAGACACACCUGCACAGCUGGAGAUGGAACACGAAGACACGAUAGAAGCGUACCAGCAGCAGACAGGUGGAGGGUGCUAAAACACAGCAUCUUUUGGAGAAGAGGAAUUUAAGGAUCCUCAUCAYACCUUACUCUCUCAUCUGUCCUUGGAUUUGGUGUUUUAUUAGUGAGCAAAUGAACAUGCCAACCACACACACGGGUUUCUUUGAAACUUCAGAGGAARUUUGCCAAAGUUGCUUGUUGUCUUUGACAUUCUACGUGCACAAGUCCAAACAGUAUCUGCAGGGAUUGAGCUGUGUCUGAAUUGAACCAUUUUAAAUUCACAAUAAGUCAUGUGUGUUGUCUUUUUGCUGUCAGCAUUUUUAAAAAAUUAAUUGUUUUUAUUAUAAU